CUCAGACUUGGGGCGGGUGGGGGGUGGGGGGACGCUGGCUGCUCGGUUCGCCUGUUGAAGGAACCCCUUCUUUCUGGGGCUCCGUAACCGGAAAGUUUCCAAACUGGAGCGAAGGCGGCGUGACGCUAGGCCUCGGAGAACCAUGGCUGCUCCUAAGGGAACGGCCAUCGGCAUCGACCUGGGCACCACGUACUCGUGCGUGGGGGUGUUCACGCACGGCAAGGUGGAGAUCAUCGCCAACGACCAGGGCAACCGCACCACCCCCAGCUACGUGGCCUUCACGGACACCGAGCGUCUGAUCGGGGAUGCGGCCAAGAACCAGGUGGCCAUGAAUCCCCAGAACACUGUCUUUGAUGCCAAACGUCUGAUUGGCAGGAAAUUUAACGAUCCCGUUGUGCAAUCAGACAUGAAACUUUGGCCUUUCCAAGUGAUUAAUGAGGGAGGCAAGCCCAAGGUGCUCGUGUCCUACAAAGGGGAGAAGAAAGCGUUCUACCCCGAGGAGAUCUCUUCAAUGGUGCUGACCAAGAUGAAGGAGACUGCCGAGGCUUUUUUGGGUCACGCUGUUACCAACGCGGUGAUCACUGUGCCAGCUUAUUUCAAUGACUCUCAGCGCCAGGCCACCAAGGACGCGGGCGUGAUCGCGGGGCUCAAUGUCCUAAGAAUCAUCAAUGAACCUACAGCUGCUGCCAUUGCCUAUGGCUUAGAUAAAGGAGGUCAUGGAGAGCGACAUGUCCUGAUCUUUGAUCUGGGCGGAGGCACUUUUGACGUGUCCAUCUUGACCAUAGACGAUGGGAUUUUUGAGGUGAAGGCCACGGCCGGGGACACGCACCUGGGCGGGGAGGACUUCGACAACAGGCUGGUGAACCACUUCGUGGAGGAGUUCAAGAGGAAGCACAAGAAGGACAUCAGCCAGAACAAGCGCGCCGUGAGGCGGCUGCGCACGGCCUGCGAGCGCGCCAAGAGGACCCUGUCGUCCAGCACGCAGGCCAGCCUGGAGAUCGACUCGCUGUUCGAGGGCAUCGACUUCUACACGUCCAUCACCAGAGCCCGGUUUGAAGAGUUGUGUGCAGACUUGUUUAGGGGCACCUUGGAACCUGUGGAAAAAGCUCUUCGGGAUGCCAAGAUGGACAAGGCUAAAAUCCAUGACAUUGUUUUAGUAGGGGGCUCCACCCGCAUCCCUAAGGUGCAGAGGCUGCUUCAAGAUUACUUUAAUGGACGUGAUCUCAAUAAGAGCAUCAACCCUGACGAGGCGGUGGCCUACGGGGCGGCGGUGCAGGCCGCCAUCCUGAUGGGGGACAAAUCUGAAAAGGUGCAGGACCUGCUGCUGCUGGACGUGGCGCCCCUGUCGCUGGGGCUGGAGACGGCGGGCGGUGUGAUGACUGUCCUGAUCAAGCGCAACUCCACCAUCCCCACCAAGCAGACGCAGAUCUUCACCACGUACUCAGACAACCAGCCCGGGGUGCUGAUCCAGGUGUACGAGGGCGAGAGGGCCAUGACGAAGGACAACAACCUGCUGGGGCGCUUCGACCUGACUGGAAUCCCUCCCGCACCCAGAGGAGUUCCUCAGAUUGAGGUGACCUUUGACAUCGACGCCAACGGCAUCCUGAACGUCACGGCCACGGACAAGAGCACCGGCAAGGCCAACAAGAUCACCAUCACCAACGACAAGGGCCGCCUGAGCAAGGAGGAGAUCGAGCGCAUGGUGCAGGAGGCCGAGAAGUACAAAGCCGAGGACGAGGUGCAGAGGGAGAAAAUUGCUGCCAAAAAUGCCUUAGAAUCCUAUGCUUUUAAUAUGAAGAGUGCUGUGAGUGAUGAUGGUUUAAAGGGCAAGAUCAGCGAGUCUGAUAAGAAGAAAAUACUGGAUAAAUGCAACGAGGUCCUUUCAUGGCUCGAGGCCAAUCAACUGGCUGAAAAAGAAGAGUUUGAGCAUAAGAGAAAGGAAUUGGAGCAGAUGUGUAACCCCAUCAUCACGAAACUCUACCAGGGAGGAUGCACUGGGCCGGCCUGUGCAACAGGGUAUACACCUGGGAGGCCUGCCACAGGCCCCACCAUUGAAGAAGUAGAUUAACCUGCUUGGGAACUGGAGGGUUCUAGGGUGCCUCUAGGUGAAUUUUAUUCCCCCCAUCUUCGAACAUUGUUACAAUUCUUGAGUUGACUGCACCCAAACCUCAGUUUACUGUCACUUUGAGAUUUUCAUGAAGUCCAGUGUCCGCUUCGUGACUCUGGAAUGGACUCAGGAAAACUAGGCCCUUCUUUGAACCAUUGGAUGAACUAGAAUGUCUGUUAUUUAUUUCCAGCCACUCUAACUUUCUUCUUCCUGCAUGGAUGGUUAUUUGUCCCUCAGUAAACCUGUCCCUAAAGGAAAUGACUU